AUGUCUGAUAUCCCUCCUUCCCAAUCUAUGUUCAACCCUGAUAGCCCAUUGAAUCCUGAGUUGCAUUAUGAUGGUGCAGGGAAUGCGUAUGCGCACGAUCAUGCGGGAAUUUGGCAGUCCCAUCCUGGGAUCACUCAGGCCCAACCUGCCGCUACACCCUUGACGUAUGGACUCACCACUCGUGCUGACUUCUCCCAAUAUGGUCACGCAUCUGAACCACCAGCCAUACCAUCUGGCUCGCAUCUUGUUCUGGGCGCUGCUCAGAUUCCACUCCCCGACUCACCAGAUAGAGAGCUUCAUGACCCCGUGGCAAUUGCCAAGGCUCAAGGAUAUGCACCUGCCAUCAGUACUGCUGGUGCACGUCGCAAGACUGCAGCCAAAGCCAACAAAGGCAAGGGGAAAGAGAAUACUGACCAUGCUCCCAAGCACACAUGCGCAGCUGAGGACAACAAAGAUGACCCAAGGCCUGGGGCCAAAUGCAGCUGGUCCAGUGGGUCUAACAAUUACAGUGUGACUGACAUCCAAGUCCUCCUGGACUUUGUCGAAGAUGAGUGCCCUCUGGGCCAGAAAGGGUGGCAAGCGAUCCAUUUGAAGUACAGUGAGUGGGCAAGGAAGCACAAACGUCCUCCUCGCAAAGCCAUGUCGCUUGAAACCAAGUUCAAACAAUUGGUGAAAACCACGAAGUCCACUGGUGAUGGCAUCUGUCCCCCUGAUGUAACUUGUGCCCAUGAGAUUGACAUGCUCAUCAAUGAGCGUGCUGGUACACACGACCUCAAUGACUCGAUGCCAACAACAGUCAUGAUGACUUGCAAAAUGUUACUCCCCCCAUCGAGCAUACGGCAGUCACUUGUGCCACGCCGCCGAGGUGCAGCUGCCUCAGAGUUGCUCACGCACAUCAGUGGGACCUUUGACCCUGCCAUCCAGGAAGCUUGGGACGAGCAACGUACCAACCGAUCCAUUGCAAACACACAGCUGCUUACCCAAGCGCAGCAGCUAUGA